AUGUGUGAUUCAAGAAUAGUCCCGGAAAUAUUUAAAGAUGAACUGGAAUCAAUAUAUGAAGGAACAGAAAAAUACUUAUUGAAAAACCUAAAUGAAUUGGGGAAAAUUACAAAUAAAAGUAAAAAAGUAAAUGAAAUAAAUGAUUAUUUAUCAAAUAAACUUUAUGAAAAUGUACAAAAUGUAGCUAAGAAAAGAGGAUGGAACCAAUUGAAACCAAGAUGUGGAGAUUCCUCCAAUAAUCUCAUGGAAUAUAUCAAUUCAUAUGGAUAUGAAACUGGAAAUACUAGUAAAUUUGACAAGUCACUAAAAAAAUCUAUAGAUUUUCUUCUUGUUCCACUAAUGAAACUAAUAGUCAAUUCUGGCCGUUACGUGACAACGUCGUCAUGUUCCGGAAGAAUAGUAUUCUUUGAAAAGGACAACAACUUUCAAAAUAAAAAGAAUGCUAUAUACGGUAGGUCGGGAAGGAUACUAUACAGCUCACAUACACACGUGUCAGAUAGUUCACUGACAAAAAUUACAGAAUCAAUAGAAUCAAACCCAAAAAAUAAGUCUACCUGCUACAAAUUGGAAGAAGAUUUAGAAGAAGAGGAGACAAAAGAUGAUUCUGGUCCUGCAUCAACAGAAGAUAACCAAGUAGAAAUUGAAAAUGAGGUUCUACUCAAGUUCGAGCCAUUUUUGAUACACGUCGAUUGUAAUACACUUGAAGAUGCACUAAGAUUGCUAAACAUCUGUAAGAGCGUGGGUCUAAAGCAGUCUGGACUAUGCUCAUCAGGUAAAAAGUAUAUUCUGGCAAUAAGAGGAAAUAAUAUUCUUGAGACGCCAAUAAUGAUAAAAAGUUAUAAAAUAGAAAACAAUAAGCCGAUUCUGCUGAAAAAUCAAUAUCUCAUUUCAAAUGAUUAUUUAAUUCACCUAAUGAAUACGUGUAACAUUAAAAUGGGUCAAAAUUUUAGUCAGUUUCUGUCCCUAUAUCACAAAUUGUUGAUAGAUUUCGAAACUAAUGGAGUUAUUCUUCCAAAACCCGUUCAACCUAUUGAAAAUGAUAAUGUAUUUAAGAAUUUACCUAAGAUUUCUGAUAAGAAUAAUAGAUAUAUUGAUAUGAUUAGAUCCACAGAAUUGGUUCAAAGGGAAACCAUGGGUUUCGGAUAUGAAGGAGAAAAGAAAGUAAAUAUUAUGUCAUUCUAUGGCGAAUGCAAUCAGCUGGCUAGAACACAUUGUUGUAUGGCAUCGUCUAAAAAUUAUGUUGUGGUGUAUGGAGGAUACGAAAAACCCAAAUCAAAGACGAUUUGUGUGUGUGAUUUGAAUGAAAUUGAAAGAGGAUUCAAAGUGAUUGAUAUAAAUGAACAUGGACCCAAGGCGCUGCUUGACUCUACUCUAAUCUCAGACGGGACGGUAUUUAUAACGUUUGGAGGAAGAAUUAGUGGAGACAAAGCAUCAAAUGAUGUUUAUAUGCUAUAUGUAUACAAUUUCAAUGGAAAUAUUGAGACAAACUGGUACAAAUGCAAAGUGGAGGGAGAAAAUAUACCCACACCAAGAUUUAGACAUUCAAUGUGUUUAGAAAAGGUAAAUAAACGACUAAAUGAUGAUGAAGGUUGUGAUAACUCUAAUAGUACAUUCAGAUUCUUUAUGAGUGGAGGGGCGUCCUCAUGUAGCCCAUUGGACGACAAUAUUCUAGGAGAUAUCUGGAGAUCCACAGUUAAUUAUAAAAUUCACAAAAAUGACAUACUAAAUCCUACAGUAAAAUGGGAUUUUUUGUUCAAAUCAGAAUAUUUAGGUUUGUUUAGUGGUUCCUUGGCACACAGCGCUUCUGAGAAUUGUCUGUAUUUUAUUGGAGGAUGUGAGAACUUGGAUGAAAUUUUAAAUCCAGAAUUCAAACGAAUGGAUCAUUUAAUAAAAUUCAAUUUAGACAAUAGAACGAUAGAUCAUAAGAGUUUGUUGUGUAAAAAUUAUGAAAAUGAAGAAUAUCCACUCAACAGAAUGUCCCACUGCUGCGUUCCACUGGAAAAUGAUGAUUAUUUUCUUGUUGGUGGGUUUGGAGGUUUGGCGUUUAUGGAUGAGAUAUGUUACCUAAACACGACUGAAGGUAUGUUGCAAAAGGUGAUGAGUAUCCCCAAAGGAACAAGAGCAAGAAUGGGAUCAACAGUUAUAUCAUUUAAAUAUGGAAAUUGUAACCACAAAGAACUGUGGAUAAUCGGAGGAGGAGUCCCAGCUAUGCUCAAUUAUGGAUCCUUUUACGAUAAACCAUUGAGAAUUGUAAUGAGCUGUGAAGGGUUGUGUGAAGAAGAUCCUAAAAAUGUAGCGAGAAACAAAGAUACAAAUUUUGAAACAAAUAAAUAUAAAAUUUUGGGUUUGUAUGUAGUUGUAGAGGAUAAAAUAUUAGUCAAGAGUUUAAAGAAUAAACUUGAGCUUUUAAAAAUUUUUGACAAGAAUAGGAAAAUAUUUCAAUUCAACGACUCAGGCAAUUACUUGUACCAUUCCAUUGCCUGCGAGAACGUUGAAGAUUUUACAAAAUGUUCCAAAUGCAGUAAUAAAAAUUUGUGUAUUUCCUGUAACAUAUGUUCGAAAUGCUGUUAUUCCACAUAUGAUUCAGUUUUUUUCUUACCAGUUAAGAAUAUUACAAAUCAUGCAGAUAUCAAAUUUCUAAGUAAGUAUAAAGUUUAUUCUUGCCCUGAUUCACAAACAAGAAUUAAAAAACCGAAGGAUAAAUUACUAAGUAUAUUUAAAGAUAAAGGGCUUGAAAAUAGUGUUAAAAAUGUCGAAGUUUUGGGGAGUAAUCUAUUGAUAACUCCUUUGGAUGGUUCAGAUUUUCCAGAAAUUGAUUGGGAGCAGGUUUCAAGGGAAUUUAAAGUAUCCUCAGUGUCACUUGUAGGAGAAAUCGAAGGAGAAGAAAGACGUAGACAAGUUAAGAUUCUGUACGGGAAUGGCGAUGUUUCAAUAAGAGAAAAUGGAGUGACGUAUAUUUUCAACAUCAAAUCGAACAUGUUCUCUAAAGGAAAUUCUGCGGAAAGGAUAAGAAUACAAAAAAUGUACUUUGCUGAAUAUAAGGACCAUAGGAAGGUAAAUAGAUUCCAUUGCACUAGUGAAUAUCGGGUUCUUAGUUCCUAUAUAGAAUUCGAUGGUUGUCUUGAGCCCAUUCGGCCGGUUAAAGAUAAUGAACUUAAGGACUCUUCCAAAUACGAGUUGGGAGGUGAAAUUAUUGUUGAUUUCUUCUGCGGAAUUGGCUAUUUCACAAUUCCAAUACUUAAAUUUACUGACGAGAAGAUAGUGUCAAGGGUUCUGUGUGUGGAUGUAAAUCCAACAGCCAUUGAGUAUCUGGAGGAAAAUGCAAAAGCCAACCAAAUAGAUUUAUCAAGAAUAGAAGUACGAGUUGAUAACUGUCAAAAUUUUGGAAAAACUUAUGGAUUUGAGUACAUUGAUAAGGCAGAUAAAAUUUUACUGGGUCUUUUACCUAGUUCAAGAGUGGGUUGGAUACCAGCAAUGGCAGCACUAAACAAGAAGUAUGGAGGGAUUUUAUAUAUACAUGGACUAUCAAGGAAGAAAAAAGGAGACAUUAUUGAAUCUAUCACAACUUCGCAGAGUUGGGAAGAUGUUGGAGAACCCUUUUACACAACAAAACAGUACGAAGAAGAUAAAUUACACGAUUCCAACUGUGAAUUAUUCAGUAUGUAUGUGUUGAGGUCCUUCCACGAACUUUGCAAAAAACAUACAGGUUUAAGUCAUAUUGAUUGGAGACUCCAUUUGCUACAUGUGGAAACGGUUAAACAAUACUCGCCUCACAAGUACCACCAAGUUGUAGAUUUAAAGAUCACUCCAAUUUUUUAG